AAUUUGGGUGGGGGUCUUCUACAGAAUUCCUAACUAAUUUCAAAAACAACUUCCCUCUUGCUUCUACUAUAAAAUAUUUCUAUUUAUCAUGAAUUGUGUGUGCGCGUUUGAUUUGCGGUGAAGGUGCUCCCUUAUUCAACUUUACGUCCUCAAAUGUAAUUCUAAAUGGGGAUUAGGACUCAUUAAUAUUCAUGAGGUUGGUCGGAGUGUAUUUACGUGCACGUCAGUGUGUUAGUGUGUGCUCGUCGUUGUGUGUGUUUUAGAUGUAAAAACAUAAACUCCAAAUCAUUCAUUUAAUUUAGUUUAUUUAAUUUUUAACGGGAAAGGCUCACUUCCAAAAGCCAGGCGUAUGUUAGAGUUGAAUAAAAAUGAAAGAAAAAAUCGUUUGACACCACAUUGCACCUGCUUAAUUAUUUUAUCGUUAAAUUAUUUCGUAUUAACCCCCAAAUCUAUGCUUUCAAUAAAACCGAGCAUUUUUACUAUUUUUAAAUUACGUUUUUUACUUUUUAUUAAUGUGUGCGGGAACUUUCGUAAAAUAAAACUCUUAAACACUGAACAAGCAUUUGGAAGUUAAAACAACAAAAAAUACUUAAUCCUGGAGAAAAACAGAAGACCUCCCAAUGAAGAGAAAGUGUCCGAUUUUACCUCGUCUAAAGUUAAAUAAAACUAAAGAAUAACAUUUUUAAACUCUUUUUUGAACAAUAAAGAACUGAAAUCUUUUCAUGUUUUUUACAUUUUUGUCAAUCUUACAGUUUUAUGUUUUUAAACGAAAACAAGCAGAGGAGGCCCUCAGAGGAAAGAAGGGAGAAAAACGAGAGGGAAAAAAGAGAGAGAGGGUGGAAUGGGCGUGUGUCCCUGUGUUUUUCUGCUCUCUUAUUGGUCGAUACGCCCAUCUCUCAUGCAAAAGCGAUGCUCCCAUUGGCUGUCGGAGGCGGGCCGGCAGGUGUCAGUGUUCUCUUAGAGGCACUGGGCUGUUGGAAGGCCUCCAUUAGCUUCACCAAAGCUCCGCAACCCACAUACGCGACACUCCUCUGCCCGGGACGAAGCAGGACCCGCCAACGCCGGAACCCCACCGGAGCCUCUUCCAUAGCUUUUGUCAGCCGACAUGUCGAGUGCUUUUCAAGCCGAAGGAGAGCGACUGUAGGCGGCUUGCGUCCUUUCCUGCUCCCGUUGCUGCUUUUGGAUACUUUGAAUUCAUUUCAUUUGUUGGGAAGGAGAAAGAAAGACAGCAGAUACACAAGCGAGUCGCCUCGGGCCCUCGCGUCCCGCCAAGCUGCAGCAUCCCCGGGGCCGAGCGGCGAGCCAGUGGGCCGAGCUGGGCGGCGCCACAGUGAGCGCCUGUAGCAUGAUGUCCUACCUCAAGCAGCCUCCCUACGCCGUCAACGGCCUGGGGCUGAGCGGAGCCGCCAUGGACCUGCUGCACCCCUCCGUGGGCUACCCGGCGACGCCCAGGAAGCAGCGUCGCGAACGGACGACGUUUACCCGAUCCCAACUCGACGUCCUGGAGGCUCUGUUUGCCAAGACCCGCUACCCUGACAUCUUCAUGCGGGAGGAGGUGGCUCUCAAAAUCAACCUGCCAGAGUCCCGCGUCCAGGUGUGGUUCAAGAACCGUCGGGCCAAGUGUCGUCAGCAGCAGCAGAGCGGCGGGGGUGCCAAGGCGCGGCCCCCCAAGAAGAAAUCGUCCCCGGCCCGAGAGAGCACGGGUUCGGAGAGCAGCGGUCAGUUCACGCCGCCCGCCGUCUCCAGCACGGGUUCGUCCUCGUCCUCGUCGGCGGCGUCCAAUCACGCGGCGGCGGCGCUCAGCAACAGCGCAGCUCCGUCCAUAAGCACCGUGUCGUCCAUAUGGAGCCCCGCCAUCUCCCCGGGUAAUGCCCCCGCCCCGGCCGCUGCCCCCUCGGCCGCCCCGCUCCCCGAACCCGGCCCGCCUUCCAACGCCUCCUGCAUGCAGCGCUCCAUGUCGGGAUCGGCCACCGCCGCCACCUCGUACCCGAUCUCCUACAACCAGACGGCGGGCUACGGCCAGGGCUACCCGGCUCCUUCCGGCUCCUACUUUGGGGGCGUGGACUGCGGCUCCUACCUGGCACCCAUGCACUCCCACCACCACCAGCUCAGCCCCAUGGCCGCCUCAUCCAUGUCGGCCCACCCGCACCACCACAUCGGCCAGUCCUCAGGACACCCCCACCACCACCACCCGCACCAUCACCAUCACCCGCAUCAGGCCUACGGAGGCUCCGGACUGGCCUUCAACUCGUCCGACUGCCUGGAUUACAAAGAGCAGACGGCUGCCUCAUCCUGGAAACUCAACUUCAACGCUUCAGACUGCUUGGACUAUAAAGACCAGACCUCCUGGAGGUUCCAAGUCUUGUGAUAGCCGAGUUUUAUCCCCCCCCCCCAAAAAAAGCAGCCGGAGCGCUUGGAGCCUGAGCGCUCGGGAGCUGGACCACUAUUGACUCUGAAAAUUCUUGGUCCGGAGAGUGUUUUGCUACGUUUGUAAGAAGGUGCGUUCGGGAGCCGGAGUGGUGGGGAACCCAAAUCCCCGGGAGCCAAAGCAUCCAGAAGCCAGAGCGCAGAACUCGAUGAGCCGGAAUGCUUCUGCUUCACGGUGCUCCGAGCUCCUGAAUGUUCUUGAGCUGGAGCGCUCAGGAGCUGUCAUACUAACGGGUUCAAGAAUUCUGCAUCUGGGGCAUUUUCCCCUUCAGACGUGGAACUCUGGGAGCUGGACUUGCUCCUCCUCCCAAGCGCUCUGGCUACUGAAUGUUCUUGAGCAGUCACGCUCUGGGUUCAAGAAUUCCGAGUUUGGAGCAUGUUCUCCUCCAGACAUGGAAUUCUUAAAGCUGUAGUCUUUUGAGCUCACGAAUGCGCCGACUCCUGAACGUUCGUGAGCUGGGAUUCAAAGAGUCGGAACGACUGGGAGAAUUCUUCCAGCAGGAAUGCUCCUCCUCCAGCGCACUCUGGCUCCUGAAUGUUCAUGAAUCAGAGCAUUUGGGAGUUGUUAAAGCUUGGAGCCACUCGAGAGUUGGGACGUGAAGAAGAAAAAAAGACGAGAAGGCAGUUUUUUUUUCCUUUUGUGGAGAUGACCAGAGCAACUGUGUGGAAUAUCAAUCAAAAAGCUCUGUUAGCCCCCCUUUUUUUGUUUUUAAUUUUUUAGAGGUUUUUAGUCAGCGUCUGAGCUGAAAGCAUGUACAUAUGUAUUGGGUCAGUUCCAGUGACCGCCUUUAGAUGGUGUUUUUUUUUUUUUUUUUUGCAACUCUUGACUACACACGUCCAGAUAACUACAGAGGGGGAAAAUGUAAAUGUUUCCAAAGAGAUCAAAAUUGGCCCCUGAAAAAGUUUGUUUUACAUAUGAUGCCUUUUGUUUUACUCUGAACAAAAAAAAAUGUUUUUGCAGGAAUCUAAAGAAGCAGGAAGAAUUUUCAAGAAGAUCAAAUGAUUGCCCUUCACUUUCUCCUCAUCUUUCUUUGGCUUCGGUGAUGUUUGAACAACGGCAACGGUUUUGCUUUGACUUCAUAUCACUUUGGAAAGCAAACUGCAACCACUCUUCACUUGCUCAAAAUGACUUGAGAUGAUGUUGAAUGUAUUUCCACCCCCUGACCCCAAAAAAAGGCGAGAGCACCCUCACUUCCAUGUUCAUCCAAUAAAGAUCCCUUCAGUCGUGUUAA